CGUUACACAGUGCACUUCCGGAAAGAAAUGGCAUCUUUGGAUAGGGUGAAAGUGUUGGUCUUGGGAGAUUCUGGAGUAGGGAAGUCCUCUCUUGUACAUUUACUUUGCCAGAAUCAAGUUUUGGGGAAUCCUUCAUGGACUGUUGGCUGCUCAGUGGAUGUCAGGGUACAUGACUACAGAGAAGGCACUCCAGACGAGAAGACGUACUACACUGAACUCUGGGACGUUGGAGGAUCUGUUGGCAGCGCCAGCAGUGUUAAAAGCUCUAGAGCUGUCUUUUACAAUUCUGUAAAUGGUAUUAUUUUAGUUCAUGAUCUCACCAACAAGAAAUCCUCCCAGAAUCUGUACCGCUGGUCACUGGAAGCACUGAGCAAAGACUCCUCUCCAACUGGCAUCAUUGUAACAAAUGGAGAUUAUGAUAGAGAACAGUUUGCUGAGAACUCAGUUCCUCUCCUGCUAAUUGGCACCAAAUUUGAUCAGAUCCCGGAAAACAAGAGGAACGAUGUCCUGACCCGCACUGCCUUUCUUUCGGAAGACUUUAAUGCGGAAGAGAUUAACCUUGAUUGUACAAAUCCACGGUAUCUUGCAGCCGGAUCAUCAAAUGCUGUUAAAUUGAGCCGUUUUUUUGACAAGGUAAUAGAGAAGAGAUACUUCACAAGAGACGCUAGCCAAAUGCAGAGUUUCACAGACAGGAGGCGCUUUAAUUUCAAGAGUCUGCACAGUGAUUGAGUGUACACUUUAGAUUGGUGGGUUUAGUCCUGUUUGUAAUCUGAAUUAUCAUAUGAAUAUUCUUCUGCCAUCAUGUUGUUCUGCAAAGACCAAUUAGUUUGAGGGAAUGUUUUUUUUUUUUUUUUUUUUUUUUGCAAAAAAUAAAAUAAAAUAAAAAAAUAACAUUAACAUCCAGUUUACCAUGACAGAAAUAUUUAUGUGGAUUGAUCACCUGUAUCUCUUAUUCUGAGAUUGUCUGUAUUUCCAUAUGUUAUGUUAAAUAGCAAUUUUAAAUCCAUUUGAGGAUAGGUGGACUGAUAUGUCUUUCUCAACACGAUAAUCCUAAAUUGGAAAUAUUCUAUUUUUUUCCCCCUUCUCAUGUUUACUGUUUGUACUAAUGAGGUGACAUGGGCCCUUGUUUUCUUUGGUAAAAGGCAAUCUAGUAUCAUCUAAGUUGAGAUGGCGGAGUUUUUUGUUUUGCUUUUUAAUUUAAUGAACCAUUUCUACUUAAUCUUUAGGAUCAUCUGAAAGGAAAACAAGUAAUUAUAGAUUUACAGUUUUUAAUGUUGAUCAUUGUAAAUUUAAAAAUAAUAAGCCUUUGCUAUAUUAGCAAGCUGUUAAUACUGUGCAUGUACAGAACUCUUUACUUGAGACAACAUUAAAUAAAGAUGCAUUUGAAUAAA